AUGACAGUAAAACACGGAUUUUAUUAUAACAAAAACCAUGAUGAUCAUUUGUACAUGGAUGAAACAUCUAUUAAGCAAAUCAUUGAACGUUUAUCUUCACCACCGACUCCAUUUGUUCUCUAUAGUUUAAACCAAUUUUCUUAUAAUAUUCGCACUUAUCAGCAUGCACUUGCCGAGCUCGCACCAAUACGUACUCGACUAUCGUAUUCGAUGAAAGCGAACUACAAUCCUCACUUAUUGACAAUCCUGAAAUCAUCUCGGGUGAUGUUAACUACAGUGAGUGGCGGAGAAAUGCAGUUAGCAUUGUCCAGUGGAUUUGAACCAUCGUCAAUUAUCUAUAAUGGUAAUGGAAAAACCGAUGAAAGUAUUCAAAUGGCUGUUGAUAGUGGUGUUUUACUCAAUGUAGAUAGUUUGUUCGAUCUUGAAGUUAUCUUUCAAUACGCAAGAAAAUUAAAUAAGAUUGCCAAUGUGCUUAUACGUGUAAAUCCUGAUCUAAGCGAUUCGCAUGUUCAUGCUUAUAACACAACUGCAUCGAAAACGAGUAAAUUUGGAACGAGCAUCGAUGAAUUGGAGCCGCUAUUUACAAAGAUCGAGGAAAAUCAAGAUAAAUGGAUUCGUUUGUACGGUUUUCAUUGUCAUCUAGGCUCGACCAUAUCGAAUACACAGGUCAUUGUCACAUGCGUAGACAAAUUAGUGGCACUGUUUGAUACAAAACGUUUUCCUCAUCUUCGGUUUCUUAAUAUCGGUGGUGGAUUAAAUAUUGAUUAUAAACGAUACGCAAAUCGUACAAGGGAACAACCCGAAGAGCCAAUUGCAAUUCCUACGAUUGAAGAAUAUAUUCAAGCAAUAAAAGCACCAUUACAACCCAUUGCUAAGUUAGUCGAGUUAAUCGUUGAACCUGGUCGAAGUUUAAUUGCAGAUGCCUGCGUAUUAAUAACACGUGUCUUAGGACAAAAACAAACAGGCUCAAUACGACAAUUAGUUGUUGAUGCUUCAAUGACUGAAUGCAUUCGGCCUGCAUUAUAUCAAGCCUAUCAUCAUAUUGAUACGAUUGUUUCAUCGACAACAGAUGAACAUACUCUAUAUGAUAUCGUAGGACCUGUUUGCGAAAGUGGAGAUUUUCUUGGUAAACAACGCUAUCUACCAAAAGCAUUGGAACGCGGAGAUUUUCUAGCAGUAUUCGAUGUUGGUGCUUAUUGCUCAAGUAUGAGCUCGAAUUACAAUAUGCGGCCACGUCCUGCUGAAUAUGCGUUAGAUGAACAUGAACAGAUAAAAGUCUUACGAAAGAGAGAAACUAAUGAAGAUCUUCUUCGAACCUAUUGUGUCGAUUAG